CCCCUUGUUCUCGUUGUUGUUUCCCUCCUCAGCUUCGGUUACUUCGUAGCUUCAUAAAAGCCGUCCUCAGCUCCUCGCUCCUUCACACACAACGAGGUUCCCCACCCAGCCAGCACCGGGCGAUACAGAGAGAGAGGAACGACGACGGUUGAUCGGAAGAUGAAGGCCAAGAACGGCGCCGCCGUCGCCGGCGAGAGGAGGCCGAUGGUGUCGAGGACGAUACUGCUCCUCUGCGUCUGCAGCUUCGGCCUCGGCAUGCUCUUCACCGACCAGUUCGGAACGACGCCGGAUUUGAAGAGCCCGGUCGUGGUGCAGCGGCGGCCGCAGGAAGGGGAGUUGCAGAUCAAGUCUGAAGAUUUUGUUGCCAAGACGAAACCAUCUGACGAUAUGGACGUGAUGGGGGAAGUCACAAAGACUCAUGAGGCCAUACAGUAUUUAGACAAGUCAAUUGCCACACUACAGAUGGAGCUGGCGGCGAGGCGCAGCACACAGGAGCUGCUCGGAGGCACGGAUGGUGUAAGAAAGGAAAGGAAAAAGGCUUUCGUUGUGAUCGGGAUCAAUACCGCCUUCAGUAGCAAGAAGCGACGCGACUCUGUCAGGGCGACCUGGAUGCUUCAAGGCGAGAAACUCAAGAAACUUGAAGAGGAAAAGGGAAUUGUCAUUCGAUUUAUGAUUGGACAUAGUCCUGCAGCGAACAAUGCCCUUGAUAAGGCUAUAGACGCCGAGGAUGCUAUUCAUCACGACUUUCUUAGGCUGGACCAUGUUGAAGGGUACCACAAGCUAACUGCAAAAACCAAGACAUUCUUCUCCACUGCUGUGGCCUCAUGGGAUGCUGACUUCUAUGUCAAGGUGGAUGAUGAUGUUCAUGUCAACCUUGGUGCACUCAUCACAACUCUUAGCCGGCAUAAAUUGAAGCCUCGGGUCUAUAUCGGCUGUAUGAAGUCAGGACCAGUUCUUUCGGACAAAACCUCGAAAUAUCACGAGCCAGAGUUCUGGAAGUUUGGAGAGGACGGGAACAAGUACUUCCGCCAUGCCACUGGACAGCUAUAUGCCAUCUCAAGGGACCUUGCCACCUACAUCUCAGUCAACCAGCCACUACUGCACAAAUUCGCAAAUGAAGAUGUGUCACUGGGAGCGUGGUUCAUCGGGCUAGAUGUUGAGCACAUUGACGACAGGGAGAUGUGCUGUGGAUCAGAAACAGAUUGCGAGUGGAAGGCACAGGCAGGGAACGUCUGCGUCGCAUCCUUCGACUGGAGGUGCAGCGGGGUUUGCAACCCAGUCGAAAGGCUGAAGGAUGUGCACUCGAGAUGCGGUGAAGGAGACGAGGCAAUCUGGAGCACCUCAUUCUGAUGACAUGUUAACAAGUUUUCACAGGCUUGUUAGCGAGGAAGUAUGAUUUAUGAGGUUUUCUGCCCGGGUACGAACGUAAACAAUGCAGACCACAGCUGCCUUCAGGAAGGCUCUCCCAGUGUGAGAUCAGACCACAAUGGAGAGAAGAGAAGACUUUGACAUAUCUGAUGGAGGUAGAAAUAGGAAGGGAAUACCUGCCAGACAAACCUCUUUUCUUUUUUUUGUUUUUUCUUCCUCUUUUGUAUCUUGUUGAGUUAGAGAUGAUGCAGGGGUUUGAUUGGGGUAAUCAUGUUGAUUUUCUCCGUACAUAAACAUAAUUGCAUUCAAUUAAUUUAUUUCGUCCAGUAUGAGAUCAUCAAUGAAUCAGUUGGGAGUUCAAACA